CCCAACUGUCCAGGAUUUCGUUUUUUCCAACUCUGGUCAUUGCUGCACAAAGAACUCAAGAAUCACAGCCUCUUGACUUCUCACAGCCCUGCCUUGCAGCUCCUCCCUGGUCCCUGCGUUCCCCCUUUAAUCCAGCUCCUGCCCCGGCCUGCCUACUGCCUCGGCCUCCACUUCUGCUCCAACAGUCUCAGAGACCGUGUUGGUCCAAACAUGUCAGUGAAGUACGAAGACCUUCAGUACUUGGAGAGUGAGAAAAAGAGCCAGAGGUUUACAGAAGUGCUGUUUUCUUCCCAGACCUUUCUGAAGCGGCUCCUCUCCAGCCCUUGCCUCCUCCUGCUCUCCCUGGGCCUCAGCCUCCUGCUGGCCAGCAUCUGUGUGAUGGGAUACCAAAAUUUCAAGUUUCAGAGUGACCUGCAGACCCUGAGAACAAGUUUCAGUAACUUCACUUCAAACAGUAUGGCCGAGGUCCAGGCACUGAACUCCCAGGGUGGCAACUUGCAAGAAAUGAUAACGUCACUGAAAGCUGAGGUGGAAAGUCACAAGCAAGAACUGCAAGCUGCCCGUAGCUUGAAUGACGAGGUGCUUUCUCUGGAGAACAGGCUGGAGAAGCAACUGGAAGAACUCAAAGCAGGUGAUUCUGAAAUGCUCCUUCAAGUCCAGCAGCUGGUCAAGAACCUGAACUCCCUGACCUGCAAGAUGGAUGCUCUCAAGAGCAAUUGCUCUCAAAACACAGCCUGCUGUCCCACCAACUGGGUGGAGCAUGAAGGCCGCUGCUACUGGUUCUCUUCCUUGGUGAAGCCCUGGCCAGAAGCUGAGAAAGACUGCCAACUGAAAAAUGCCCACCUGGUAGUCAUCAACUCCAGAGAUGAACAGGAUUUUAUCCAGGCCAACCUACGUCCUUACUUCACCUGGAUGGGCCUCAGUGAUCAGGAUGGAGUCUGGAAAUGGGUGGAUGGGUCGGACUAUGAGACCAACAUCAAGAAUUGGAAGCCAGGCCAGCCGGAUGACUUUCAUGGGCAUGGGCUGGGUGGGGGUGAGGACUGUGCCCAUUUCUACCCUGAUGGCAAGUGGAAUGACGAUGCCUGCCAAAGACCCUACCGCUGGAUCUGCGAGGCUGGACUGAGCAAAGGCAACUAA